AUGAAUCUGAAAAGGAUAUUCCAACUGAGUUAUUCCGCUUCCGCAGCCACGAGCAGCUUUUGGCAUUGGAAAAUACCAACAAUCAACGACAAGGGAAUCGAGCUUUCACUUGCCAAGCUAAGUUUGACGAGCUUGGAUCUGAAGCAAAGGUUAUUCUCUUUACAAGCAUCAACCCCAAAGUGGUUGGAGCUAUUUCUCAACGCCACAUCUGGUACCCACUUUUAUUUCGACUGUGAAACAUCUGUAGGGAAACAACAUUUUGAAAGGUUGGUUGGUGAUGGAUCCAAUGCGAGUUCCUCCUCAUCGAAAGUGGUCCCUGCACAAAAAAUAGGGCCCCUAACCAUUGCUGAGCUGAACCAAUAUGUCCUUACAGCCGAUCCUCAGAUUAUUGAGUUUCUAUGUAAGGCUGAGGCUACCAGUGUUCAGUCAGAAAAGGGAUGGUCCUAUAUUGGAUGCUCCAAAUGCGCAAAGAAGCUUCAGCGUGAUGAGUCAUCUUUCACUUGCCUCUUCUGUGAUAGGCAAAACGAUAGGUAUCAUGUGGAGUUGUCGGUGAAAGACCGUACGGAUGAUGCUGUCUUUGUAGCAUUUGAUACCGAGAUUGCUAAGUCAACCAAUAUUCAAGAGCUGAGGCUGCUCAGAUUUUGGGAGAUGACCAUGGACCCGAUGACAAUGGGGAUGGUGCGGGGUUAACUGAUGAUGCAAUCAAACAGAGACUUGUCAACGGUGAAAACUUGAAGAAUAAGGCACGCCAGGAGUAUAUCUAUGUGGAUUAAACAAUUCCCCACCAUCUUGCUUAUCAAAUUAUGCUUUUUCAUCUUUUUAUUUUUUUAGUUUCAACUCUUUAGUAUCUUUUACGUUUAUAUUUUGAACUCUUUGUCUUGGUGGGAUGUUUAAACUAUGAAUGCAAUUUGAUUCCUUUUUCAACAUUAUAGAUUCCAUCUCUUUCGUGCAUACCAAAAUCUAUAAUAAUAUUU